UCUCAGAGGCAUACUAUGUCUGAAAAACAGUCAAGGCAUGAAGAAAAUCGAGGAGACAGAGGACUGCUUCAUUCUAGAUUGCGACACUUCGGAUUCUUUCGACUUUAAAAUAGAGAUCAAGAAAGAAAUAACUCCCCUCAGAAACAUAUUAUGUGUGAAAAACAGACAAGACAUGAAGAGAAUCGAGGAGACGGAAGACUGCUUCAUUCUUGAUUUUGACCCUUUUGAUUCUUUCGACUUUAAAAAGCUCUCAGUCUCCAGUGGUGGUGAUAAAGAUCUGGAUAUUAUCCAUGAGACAGGCCAGGUGGCUUGUAGGGAUUACCCACAUCCAAGACACCUUUGCUUGACUUUUCCCUUUGGAUCAACUCUUAAUGCAACCCAUUGUCAUCUGUGUUACUGUUGCGUCUGCGAUAAGCCUGCUCCUUGUGCACAAUGGAUGUCGCAUUGCAAUACUUCAGCGGACUCUAUGGGGCGGAAGUUACCAACCCCUGAGAGUCAGAGCUUCUAUUACUCCGAUUAAUAUCUUCUUUUUGUUGACAGUUUCUCCCUUGCAUUUUCACAUCUUUGAAUGAGUAGUAGAUCAACAUAGCCUUGGAAGACUAUGGAUUAACAAUGCAUAACUGUUUAGUAUGAG